AUGAGACCUAAUCUGGUUGUUAAUGCUAGUGUUUCGCGAACUACCUUUACCAGUCGAAGGUCAUUCGAAAAGCUCGACACAAUGCCUUCGACGGUUUUCCAGUAUUACUUUCAAUUACAGUUGAAAGAACUCCAUCAUAACUCGCCUCAGUCUGAAAUUACCGACUUUGUCAAUAAGAAUAACUCCUUUAAACGCUACAAACGAAAAGAAUGGGACUCGCUUUCUCUCACUAAGAAGAGGGUAUAUCAUGCACUGUACUUCCAUUUCACAAAGGUGAACUACCGAAGGCUAGGACACGAGGAAUUAGCCAGAAGACUAGAGCUACAGGUCCCUGCGGCCAGUGAAUAUUUGUUGUUUAGAAAUCGUUUUAAAGCGAGAUUCGACGCUGCAUGGGAAGAACAGCGCAAAAAUGAUAGAACUGGACGUUCGCACAAGAUUCAGCUCCGAAGUGGGACUUCAGGUAGUCUGAAAGUCUCACGUAUAUUCGCGAUGAGGCCUGCAGAACUCGAAUUCAAUUCGACAAGGCGAUUUCAAGAUAUGUGUCGUGAGUGUAGACGAGCGUGGCGGGAAGGAGUGGAUGACGACCAAAGAGCCGAAAUUGCAACAAAAUUGAGUGUCGAACGACAGAAAUUUGAAAACAGCGUGAAGCGAGAGCUCGACAUAUUAGAUGGACUUCAGGCGAUGCUGACGAAGUACUUGACCAGCGUUGAUGUUUCUAACCUCAAGGCGCUGGAUUUCGAGAGACGCAUCACCCACACGAGCAAUCAGGAUCCACUCGUAUUUUUAAUGACGGAUUUGAAGAAAAGUUGA